AUGUCUAGGAUGGAGUCGUCUUCAUGGCUGUAUCUCCUCUUCUUUUUAUGCACUUCUCAAUUUAUCUGCUUAUCAUCAUUUAAUUCUUCUUCAUCUUCAGGUCAUUUGUGUCAUCUUGAUGAUAGUUCUGCUUUACUUCAAUUCAAGAACUCAUUCUCUAUUGAUACCUCUGGUUCUGAUUCUGUUGAUGCUUUUUUUGUUUAUGGAAUCACUCCUUAUCCUAAAACAGUCUAUUGGGAUAAGGGCAAGGACUGUUGCACAUGGAGUGGCGUCACUUGUGAAAGAAUGACGGGGCACGUGAUAGGCCUCAACCUUGGGUACAGUGGGCUUCAAGGCAACAUUCAUCACAACAGCAGUCUUUUCUCCCUUCGUCAUCUCCGGAGGCUAGACCUCUCUAACAACAAUUUUAGAGGUUCCCCAGUUUCAUCCAACUUUGGCGGGUUUGUAAGUAUGACUCACCUUGACCUUUCCAACUCCAACUUCACUGGUCAAAUCCCUUUUGAAAUCUCCUACCUUUCCAAAUUGGCUUCACUUAAUCUCUCUUCUGAGACUCAAGUGAGCCUAGGGACAGUUAGUUUGAAAAGAAUUGCCCAAAACCUAACCAAGCUUAAGGAGCUAUGUCUGGACAGUGUUAACAUAUCUUCAGUUGUACUUGAUUCAUUCAUGAAUUUGCCUUCUUCUUUGACAUCUCUUAGACUCUUUGAUUCUAGUUUGAAAGGGAAAUUCCCAGAGAAAAUUUUCCGCCUACCAAACCUCCAUGAACUUGAUUUAAGAUACAACUAUGAGCUCAAUGGUUCUUUCCCAAAAUCUAAUUGGAGCAGUCCACUCAAGUUCUUGGGACUCUCUUGGACUAGAAUCUCAAUAGAUUUACCGAAUCUGACUACAACUUUGAAGUGCUUGAGUGUUUUGUAUCUUGAGCAUUGCAAUUUUGUAGGAGCAUACCCUACAUUGCUUGGUAAUCUUACACAAAUCACGGAGUCGGACCUCUCAGAUAAUGGUUUUGGUGGCCAGAUCCCAUGGUCGCUUUUAAACAUGGAGAGUCGCAUUUCCUUAGAUCUUUCAAACAACAAUUUUUUGGGUCAACUUCCAGAUCUUCAUAGUAACUCAACACAAAUGCCUGCAUCUUUAUAUGAUUCUUCAAAAGAACGGCUAGUCGGUCCUAUUCCUUUGCAUUUAAACGUCCUCUCCUUAUAUAAUAACUCACUUACCGGAACAAUACCAUCUUGGCUAUUACAUGGCCAAAUUCCAAGAUCAAUCUUUGAAUUUCCAAACCUGGGAGAGCUCGAUAUCUGGCAUCAAAUAACUUCAGUGGGUAUAGAACAAGUAUUUCCGUGGAAAAACUUACAAGUUCUUGACCUCCGCACCAAUUUGCUCCAAGGACAACUUCCUAUUCCACCACCUUCUACAUUUGUCUUCUUGGUAUCACACAAUCAGUUGACGGGAGGGAUUCCUUCAAAGAUUUGCAACCUCAGUUCCCUUGUAGUCCUUGAUUUGUCUAAUAACAACAUGAGCGGCGAAAUUUCUCCAUGUAUAGGAAAUUUGACCGGUCACAACCUCUCAGUUGUGGAUUUACAUAUGAAUAAAUUUCUUGGAGUGAUCCCUUCAACAUUCACAAAGGAUAGCAUCUUGAGGAAUCUUGACCUUAAUGGAAAUAAGUUGGAAGGGCCAUUGCCGCGAACUCUGUUGAAUUGUAGAAAGUUGGAAGUGCUCGACCUAGGAAAUAACGAGAUAAACGACACCUUCCCCAACUGGUUGGAAUCCCUUCCAAUGUUACAGUUUAGUGGUCUUUUGCCAAGGAAAUAUUUUGAGAACUUGAUGGGUAUGAUACAUGUACGAGAUAAUGGAUUGAAAUACAUGGAUCAUGGCUAUUAUCAGGACACUGUGAUGGUAGUGAUAAAAGGAGACAUUCCAACGGUGAUUGGUAAGCUCAAAUCAUUGAAAGGGCUUAACUUUUCUCACAAUCAGCUUACAGGUUAUAUUCCACGCUCUUUUGGUAAUUUGACUAAUCUUGAAUGGCUAGACAUCUCUACAAACAGGCUUGUUGGUGAGAUUCCUAGAGAAUUGGCAGAUUUGGCAAUGCUUGCAAAAUUAAACCUUUCAGAAAAUCGACUUGUGGGGUCCAUACCCAAUGGCAAGCAAUUUGAUACAUUUGAGAACGAUUCAUACAAUGGAAAUUUGGGAUUGUGUGGACUUCCACUUUCCAGAACUUGCAUCAAUUCUGUGGUAUAUCCACUGCCAUCGUCAUCCUUUCAGCAAGAAGAUGAUUUGGAGGAUGUGAACGGAUUUCAUUGGAAAGUAGUAUGGAUGGGGUAUGGGAUUGGAAUGGUAAUUGGAAUAUCUACGGGAUAUCUCCUACUCUCAACUGGAAAACUUGAUUGUGCUGUGAAAGUGAUUGGAAGAGAUUUACGAAGUAAAAUGAUGAAAAAACCAAAGCAGAGUCUUCACGUGCACAAAGUUAGAAGUAGAAAUGAAUGA